ACAAAGAUCUAGAGCAUGGUUCUCCAGACAGCCAGCCAUGCUCGAUCCAUAAGCGCCCCGUCCUUUCCUCAUCCCAUUGCCAUCAAAGCAGCAGAGGAGCUUCGCAACCUCAAAACCUGCAUUCAUGGCACCGGAGCUUCCUUCUCGACUUUAUGCAGCUUACUGCAAGGCCUCGCGGACCUUUUUGAAUCGCUUCAUCUUCUUCUCCGGCUGCCCUCUUUCCAGCAAGUUUUAUCGCAGCCAUCACAUAAGUCGUGGAUUGAAGCGCAGCUCGAUUGCUCCCUUCAGCUUCUCGACAUAGAAGCCCCAUUGAACGACUAUCUCGCAUCGGUGAAGUCCUUCGUCCUGGACCUGCAAUCUGCUAUUCGUCGGAGAGGAGACAAUGGUCACGUUAAUUCUCGAAAGAAGGCGCAGAAGGAAGCCCUAAGUUGCUCGAAAUCGCUGAAAAAAUUGGAAGAGGGAUUCGUCAUUGCAGCAUUAGUGAAGAAGGAAGGGGAUCUGGUGAUGCUCGAUAGGCUGACGAGGGAGUCAUGGGAGACGACGGUGGCCGUUCUUCAGUUUUUGCUGACUCUGCUUGAGAUGCCGGUAAGGCGGAAGGCUUGGAGUAAGCGAAUCUUGCUGGUUCCGAAGGCGAUGCAGUGGAAGAGAGGAGGUUCUGGGGAAGGGAAUGGUGAAGCGAGUAAGGCGGUGGGAUUGGAAUCGUUGUUGAACGCUGCUGUUGAGCGAAUUUCAGGCAAAGAUGACGUUUUUGGGAACUUGCAGAGGAAGGCGGAUGAAGAAUUGAAUCAGGUUAAAUCUGGGAUUGAAGGUUUGGAGAUUGGAUUGCAGCGCUUAUUCAGGCGAAUGAUUCAGAAUAGGGUUGUUCUGCUUAAUAUGCUUAGUUUUUAGGCCUGGUUGAAAGCAGUUGGUUGAUUGAUAUUUGUUGGAGAUUCUAAGUCCUCGUGUUCUUGAACGUUGUAAUAUUUGAAACUUAUGUG